AAGCCAGUGUGUCUCAGGAUGUGUGUUCCGUUUUGUUCUUUCCCCUUAACGCUCCCUGUGCAACGUGUCUGGGGGGAGGAGGGCAGGGACGGGAGAGAGGGAGGGGCAGAGGCGAGGAGCUGUCCGCCUUGCACGUUUCCAAUCGCAUUACGUGAACAAAUAGCUGAGGGGCGGCCGGGCCAGAACGGCUUGUGUAACUUUGCAAACGUGCCAGAAAGUUUAAAAUCUCUCCUCCUUCCUUCACUCCAGACACUGCCCGCUCUCCGGGACUGCCGCGCCGCUCCCCGUUGCCUUCCAGGACUGAGAAAGGGGAAAGGGAAGGGUGCCACGUCCGAGCAGCCGCCUUGACUGGGGAAGGGUCUGAAUCCCACCCUUGGCAUUGCUUGGUGGAGACUGAGAUACCCGUGCUCCGCUCGCCUCCUUGGUUGAAGAUUUCUCCUUCCCUCACGUGAUUUGAGCCCCGUUUUUCUUUUCUGUGAGCCACGUCCUCCUCGAGCGGGGUCAAUCUGGCAAAAGGAGUGAUGCGCUUCGCCUGGACCGUGCUCCUGCUCGGGCCUUUGCAGCUCUGCGCGCUAGUGCACUGCGCCCCUCCCGCCGCCGGCCAACAGCAGCCCCCGCGCGAGCCGCCGGCGGCUCCGGGCGCCUGGCGCCAGCAGAUCCAAUGGGAGAACAACGGGCAGGUGUUCAGCUUGCUGAGCCUGGGCUCACAGUACCAGCCUCAGCGCCGCCGGGACCCCGGCGCCGCCGUCCCUGGUGCAGCCAACGCCUCCGCCCAGCAGCCCCGCACUCCGAUCCUGCUGAUCCGCGACAACCGCACCGCCGCGGCGCGAGCGCGGACGGCCGGCUCAUCUGGAGUCACCGCUGGCCGCCCCAGGCCCACCGCCCGUCACUGGUUCCAAGCUGGCUACUCGACAUCUAGAGCCCGCGAAGCUGGCGCCUCGCGCGCGGAGAACCAGACAGCGCCGGGAGAUGUUCCUGCGCUCAGUAACCUGCAGCCGCCCAGCCGCGUGGACGGCAUGGUGGGCGACGACCCAUACAACCCCUACAAGUACUCUGACGACAACCCUUAUUACAACUACUACGAUACUUAUGAAAGGCCCAGACCUGGGGGCAGGUACCGGCCCGGAUACGGCACUGGCUACUUCCAGUACGGUCUCCCAGACCUGGUGGCCGACCCCUACUACAUCCAGGCGUCCACGUACGUGCAGAAGAUGUCCAUGUACAACCUGAGAUGCGCGGCGGAGGAAAACUGUCUGGCCAGUACAGCAUACAGGGCAGAUGUCAGAGAUUAUGAUCACAGGGUGCUGCUCAGAUUUCCCCAAAGAGUGAAAAACCAAGGGACAUCAGAUUUCUUACCCAGCCGACCAAGAUAUUCCUGGGAAUGGCACAGUUGUCAUCAACAUUACCACAGUAUGGAUGAGUUUAGCCACUAUGACCUGCUUGAUGCCAACACCCAGAGGAGAGUGGCUGAAGGCCACAAAGCAAGUUUCUGUCUUGAAGACACAUCCUGUGACUAUGGCUACCACAGGCGAUUUGCAUGUACUGCACACACACAGGGAUUGAGUCCUGGCUGUUAUGAUACCUACGGUGCAGACAUAGACUGCCAGUGGAUUGAUAUUACAGAUGUAAAACCUGGAAACUAUAUCCUAAAGGUCAGUGUAAACCCCAGCUACCUGGUUCCUGAAUCUGACUAUACCAACAACGUUGUGCGCUGUGACAUUCGCUACACAGGACAUCAUGCAUAUGCCUCAGGCUGCACAAUUUCACCGUAUUAGAAGGCAAAGCAAAACUCCCAAUGGAUAAAUCAGUGCCUGGUGUUCUGAAGUGGGAAAAAAUAGACUAACUUCAGUAGGAUUUAUGUAUUUUGAAAAAGAGAACAGAAAACAACAAAAGAAUUUUUGUUUGGACUGUUUUCAAUAACAAAGCACAUAACUGGAUUUUGAACGCUUAAGUCAUCAUUACUUGGGAAAUUUUUAAUGUUUAUUAUUUACAUCACUUUGUGAAUUACCGCAGUGUUUCAAUUCUGUAAUUACAUAUUUGACUCUUUCAAAGAAAUCCAAAUUUCUCAUGUUCCUUUUGAAAUUAUAGUGCAAAAUGGUCAGUAUUAUCUAAAUGAAUGAGCCAAAAUGACUUUGAACUGAAACUUUUCUAAAGUGCUGGAACUUUAGUGAAACAUAAUAAUAAUGGGUUUAUAUAUGUCAUAGCAUAGAUGAAUUUAGAAACAAUGCUCCUACUGUUUAAAUACAUAUGGACACAUCUGGUGCUGAGAAAGAAACAAAUACAUUACCAUUGGUGUCAAGAAAUAUUACUAUAUAGCAGAGAAAUGGCAAUACAUGUACUCAGAUAGUUACAUCCCUAUAUAAAAAGUAUGUUUACAUUUAAAAAAUUAGUAGAUAACUUUCUUUCUUUCAAGUGCACAAUUUCAUUUUGACUUGAGUCAACUUUUGUUUUGGAACAAAUUAAGUAAGGGAGCUGCCCAAUCCUGUCUGAUAUUUCUUGAGGCUGCCCUCUAUCAUUUUAUCUUUCCCAUGGGCAGAGAUGUUGUAAGUGGGAUUCUUAAUAUCACCAUUCUUGGGACUGGUAUACGUAAGGCAGCCGUGAAACUGGGAAGUCAUUUUGAUGACUGAUGUGAUACAUCCAGAGGUAAAAUGCAUUUAAACAUAUUAAAGUAUUUGCCAAAGAUACAAUUUUCUUGCUGACAUAAAAAUCAUACAAACAAGUCCCCCACAAACCACAACUGUCUCUCAAAUAACUUAAAAAAAUUGAAAAACAUUUUAGGAUUUUUCAAGUUUUCUAGAUUUUAAAAAGAUGUUCAGCUAUUAGAGGAAUGUUAAAAAUUUUAUAUUAUCUAGAACACAGGAACAUCUGGGUUAUUCAGGAAUCAGUCACACAUGUGUGUGUGUCUGAGAUAUAGUCUAAAUUAGCAAAGCACAUAGUAUUACAUACUUGAGGGGUUGGUGAACAAAGGAAAAAUAUACUUUCUGCAAAACCAAGGACUGUGCUGCGUAAUGAGACAGCUGUGAUUUCAUUUGAAACUGUGAAACCAUGUGCCAUAAUAGAAUUUUGAGAAUUUUGCUUUUACCUAAAUUCAAGAAAAUGAAAUUACACUUUUAAGUUAGUGGUGCUUAAGCAGAAUUUUUCCUACAUUAACCAGUAUUAAAAUCUCAAGUAAGAUUUUCCAGUGCCAGAACAUGUUAGGUGGAAUUUUAAAAGUGCCUCGGCAUCCUGUAUUACAUGUCAUAGAAUUGUAAAGUCAACAUCAAUUACUAGUAAUCAUUCUGCACUCACUGGGUGCACAGCAUGGUUAGAGGGGCUAGAGAUGGACAGUCAUCAACUGGCGGAUAUAGCGGUACAUAUGAUCCUUAGCUACCAGGGCACAAGCUUACCAGUAGACAAUACAGACAGAGCUUUUGUUGAGCUGUAACUGAGCUAUGGAAUAGCUUCUUUGAUGUACCUCUUUGCCUUAAAUUUCUUUUUAGUUCUAAGAUUGUAGAAUGAUCCUUUCAAAUUGUAAUCUUUUCUAACAGAGAUAUUUUAAUAUACUUGCUUUCUUAAAAAACAAAAAAACUACUGUCAGUAUUAAUACUGAGCCAGACUGGCAUCUACAGAUUUCAGAUCUAUCAUUUUAUUGAUUCUUAAGCUUGUAUUAAAAACUAGGCAAUAUCAUCAUGGAUACAUAGGAGAAGACACAUUCACAAUCAUUCAUUGGGCCUUUUAUCUGUCUAUCCAUCCAUCAUCAUUUGAAGGCCUAAUAUAUGCCAAGUACUCACACGAUAUGCAUUGAGACAUAAAAAAGACUGUCUAUAACCUCAAUAAGUAUUAAAAAUCCCAUUAUUACCCAUAAGGUUCAUCUUAUUUCAUUUUUAGGGAAUAAAAUUACAUGUCUAUGAAAUUUCAAUUUUAAGCACUAUUGUUUUUCAUGACCAUAAUUUAUUUUUAAAAAUAAAUUAAAGGUUAAUUAUAUGCAUGUAUGUAUUUCUAAUAAUUAAAAAUGUGUUCAAUCCCUGAAA